AUGGUCAUCCUUGGCUACCGGCGUCCCCUGGAGGAGCAGGACCUCUGGUCUCUCAAUGAGGAGGACAAAUCCCAGACACUGGUACAGCAGUUCCUGAAGGUGUGGAGGAAGCAGGCUCCACGUCCCUCAGUUCCGAAAGCCAGGAAAACAGCCCCCUCCUCCUCCUCCCUCCCAGCCAUCCCAGCUGGUCUUUGGCUCCUGGGACCCAGGCCCACUCCACCUACUGCUCCUUCCUCCCUGACCAGACGCAAGGCAGCGGCAGCAGCAGCAUCUGGGAAGACAGCUUCAGGUGAAGACGAGGUGCUGCUGGGGGCCCAGCCCCAAUCCCAGGGGCCCUCCUUCCCGUGGGCCAUGCUGGCCACCUUCGGUUCCAGCUUCCUCAUCAGCGCCUGCUUCAAGCUGGUCCAGGACCUGCUCUCCUUCGUCAAUCCACAGCUGCUCAGGGUUCUGAUCAGGUUUACUUCAAAUCCCUCAGCCCCCAUCUGGUGGGGCUUCCUGGUGGCCGUGCUGAUGUUCGUGUGCUCCAUGAUGCAGACGCUAUUCUUACAGCAGUAUUACCACUGCAUCUUCAGCAUGGGGUUGAGAUUCCGGACAGUGAUCAUAGGUAUCAUCUAUAGGAAGGCUCUAGUCAUCACCAAUUCAGUCAAACGUGAAUCUGCUGUAGGAGAAAUUGUCAACCUCAUGUCAGAGGAUGCCCAGUGUUUCAGGGACCUUGCUCCCUACAUCAACCUGGUGUGGUCAGCACCCCUGCAGAUCUCACUGGCAAUCUACUUCCUCUGGCAGAACCUGGGUCACUCUACCCUGGCUGGAGUUGCUGUCAUGAUCUUAAUGAUUGCAUUCGGUACAGCUAUGGCCAUGAAGAUGCGUGCUUUCGAGGAACAACGAAUGAAGCUCAAGGACUCCCGCAUCAAGCUGAUGAACGAGAUCCUAGGUGGCAUCAAGGUGCUGAAGCUGUUUGCCUGGGAGCCCAGCUUCUUAGAGAAGGUGGAGGGCAUCAGGCAGGGUGAGCUCCAGCUACUGCGCAAAGCUGCCUACCUCCUCGCUGUGUCCAUUUUCACCAUGAUCUGCACCCCAUUCCUGGGGUUCCUGAUCACCCUUGGGGUGUAUGUAAGUGUGGACCAGAACAACGUGCUGGAUGCUGAGAAGGCCUUUGUGUCCUUGUCCUUGUUCAAUAUCUUAAUGGAUCCUCUCCAAAUGCUGUCCCAUUUAUUCAGCUUCAUGGCUCAGACUAGUGUGUCUCUGAAACGAAUCCAGAAUUUCCUGAGCCAGGAUGAACUUGACCUCCAGUGUGUGGAAAGAAAGACCAUCUCCCCAGGUGCAAGGACCCUCCUGGGCUGCUCACCCCAGUCUUGGUUCCUUGCCCCCAGACUAGACUUCCAGGUCCCAAAAGGGGCACUGGUGGCCGUGGUGGGGCCUGUGGGCUGUGGGAAGUCCUCCCUGGUAUCUGCCCUGCUGGGAGAGAUGGAGAAGCUGGAAGGCAAGGUGCACGUGAAGGGCUCCGUGGCCUACGUGCCCCAGCAGGCGUGGAUCCAGAACUGCACUCUUCAGGAAAAUGUGCUGUUUGGCCAAGCCCUGGACCCCAAGCGCUACCAACAGACUCUGGAGGCCUGUGCUUUGCUGGCUGACCUGGAGAUGCUGCCUGCUGGAGACCAGACAGAGAUUGGAGAGAAGGGCAUUAACCUGUCUGGAGGCCAGCGGCAGAGAGUUAGUCUGGCUCGAGCUGUUUACAGUGAUGCUGACAUUUUUUUGCUGGAUGAUCCCCUGUCAGCGGUGGACUCCCAUGUGGCCAAGCAUAUCUUUGACCAAGUCAUUGGUCCAGAAGGCCUGCUGGCAGGCAAGACUCGGGUGCUGGUGACACAUGGCAUCAGUUUCCUGCCCCAGACAGACUCCAUCAUAGUGCUUGCUGACGGACAAGUGUCUGAGAUGGGCACCCUUCAAUGGAGGGGGGAUUGGGGGAUUGGGGGUUUUCAGGGAGAGCUAGCAACCCCAUCCACUUCCUCCCACCCAGCCGCAGUCUUGGAAGAAGCAGAGGAUGAGCAGCGUAUUGAAGCUUCGCUAAGCCACCACACAGACCUGAUGGACAGUGAGCCCAUCACAUACAAAGUCCAGAAGCAGUUUAUGAGACAGCUGAGUGCCAUGUCCUCAGAAGGAGAGGCUGAGUCUCAGCCUGUGUUCAGAAGACACCUCAUUUCAUCAGAGAAGGUGCAGAAGACAGAGGGGAAGGCAAAUGGAGUGUUGAUCCAGGAAGAGAAAGCAGAGGUUGGCACUGUGAAGCUGAGUGUGUACUGGGAUUAUGCCAAGGCUGUGGGGCUCUGGACCUCACUGGCCAUCUGUCUCUUAUCUGCGGGUCAAAGUGCUACUGACAUCGGGGCCAAUGUGUGGCUCAGCGCCUGGGCCAAUGAUGCCACUGCGGACAGUACACAGUACAGCACCUACCUGAGGCUGGGUGUCUAUGCCACCUUGGGAGUUCUGCAAGGUCUCCUGGUGAUGCUGUCAGUCAUGACAAUGGUGGUGGGCUCCAUGCAGGCUGCGCGUUUUCUGCACCAGGCACUUCUGCAUAACAAGAUGCGUUCGCCACAGUCCUUCUUUGACACCACGCCCUCUGGCCGUAUCCUCAACCGCUUUUCCAAGGACAUCCAGGUCAUCGAUGAGGAUCUGGGCCCCACCAUCCUCAGUGUGCUGGCUUCCCUCUUUGACAUCAUCUCUACUUUCGUGGUUAUCGUAGCCAGCACACCUCUCUUUGCUGUGGUCACCGUGCCCCUAGCUGCACUCUAUGCCUUUGUGCAGCGCUUCUAUGUGGCCACAUCACGGCAACUGACACAUCUGGAAUCAGUCAGCCGCUCGGCCAUCUACUCCUACUUUUUGGAGACAGUGUCUGGUACCAGUGUCAUCCGGGCCUACAAUCGCAGCCAGGACUUCAGGGUCAUCAGUGAUACUAAGGUGGACCUCAACCAGAGAAUCUGCUACCACUGCUUUGCCUCCAACCGAUGGCUGGGCAUCCGAGUGGAUUUUGUGGGAAACUGUGUUGUGCUCUUUGCUGCACUAUUUGCCGUGAUUGGGAGAAGCAGCUUGAACCCAGGGCUGGUGGGCCUUUCUGUGUCCUAUGCCCUGCAGGUGACAUUUGCUCUGAACUGGAUGAUUCAAGACAUGUCAAAGUUGGAGUCUAAUAUCGUGGCUGUGGAACGAGUCCAGGAGUACUCCAAGACAGAGACAGAGGCCCCCUGGGUAAUAGAGGGCAAGCGCCCUCCGCCAGGCUGGCCCCAGCACGGGGAGGUGGAGUUCCGGGAUUACUCUGUGCGCUACAGGCCCGAGCUGGACCUGGUGCUGAAAAACCUGAGCCUGCGCGUGCGCGGGGGCGAGAAGGUGGGGAUCGUGGGCCGCACUGGCGCUGGCAAAUCAUUUAUGACCCUCUGCCUGCCCCGCAUUCUGGAGGCAGCAGAGGGUGAAAUCCGCAUCGAUGGCCUCAAUGUGGCAGACAUUGGCCUCCAUGACCUGCGUUCUCAGCUGACCAUCAUCCCCCAGGACCCCAUCCUGUUUUCAGGGACUCUGCGUAUGAACCUGGACCCUUUUGGCCAUUACUCAGAGGAGGACAUUUGGCAGGCCCUGGAGCUGUCCCACCUGCACACGUUUUUGAGCGCCCAGCCGGCACACCUGGACUUCCAGUGCUCUGAGGGUGGGGAAAAUCUCAGGUAAAAAAGCCAGGUGUGGACAGGUCGGGAACGGCAUUUCUCCCUGGGGAACCCUGUGGGUACUGGAUGGUCUGGCACCACAUGAGAAAGUAUUGAGGCCAGCUAGGGUGCACAGAGAGGCAUUAUUUUAUAUUGAGUAUAUUCUGUGU